AAACCGAGAAGGCCUUCAAACAAGUCGGGGAGUGGGAGUCCUGGGGAGAGUGACGAGGAAGGAGUCGCUCACAAACAGAGGGGUCGUCCGAGGCUGGACCCCCGCGAUGAGACCGCUGCUGAGGUAAAAUCCUGCCCAAUGCUAUCGAAAAUUGCAGUCAAGUUGAAUUCCCACUCACAUGAUAUAUAGAGGAGGCGAACGCAAAUUCGAUUGGCUCAAAGAGCCUACCGACUCCGAAAAGAGACGACGAUAACUUCUUUGAAGAAGCGAGUAGCAGAGCUGGAGGAGACCAUUGACAAAAUGAACACUGCUUUUCUCAAGUUCAACGACGACUUGCUCGGGUCUGGAGCAUUGCAACAAAAACAGACUCUUGCACAAGGACUACGACAAACAACUGAGCUCUUUCUCAAACUUGCCCAUAUCACCGCGGCAUCCCCCGAGUCCGACCACGAAGACGAAGGUGUAGCCAAUCCUGGCGACAACAAGAAGAGGCUAUCCAGUGAAGAAAUCGAGACAUCUUUGCCAAACAAGAAGCGUCGUGGUUCCGCUCAAUCGACUAACCCUGUUCCUCAUGCCUCCAAAACGGCCCCCAUGGAAACGGCUAGAGCACCAGACAGCCAUAUGCAAGACCACGCUAAUGAGCACCUCUCUCGACAAACGGUUGCGGUUGCAGUUCCUCAACUCGAAAAAGUCAUGGAGGCAGAAGAGAAUGUCAUUGAUCUUAUUGGAGCCCGGCCCCCGCUAGCUUUGCAGCAGUAUAGAGCGCAGGUGCCUUCGCUCGACCAGUACGCUGACGCCUUUUCAUCCUCACUUGGUCUUCACCCAGUCCAGCCGCUCUUCACGUUUAAUUUCCAAGAGACAACCUUUGCACGGCGACUACAUCGUGCAUGUCUCGAACGAGGUUACCAUCUGCUUUUGAAUCCUGAUGCCAAUCCUGGAGCAGUCAAGCGCGUCUUCGAAUUGACAAUGCGCCAUAACUCCCGCGAGCAGAUUCUCAAGCGCAUCCGAGAGUUGUUGGUCCGCUCCAACAAAGAAGAACUUGACUUUCUCCCGACCUUAAUCAACAUUGGCGGAGCCGGGACACACUACCCUCGAAUCGAGCCUGCCACGAAAGACGUCCAAAGCUUGAACGCGCCCGCGAAGCCGAUGGGACCGGCCAAGAUCGAUAUUUUAUCGUUGGCCAAGGAUCUGCCUGCCGAUGUAAAUCCGCGUGAAUUUGAAGGAGACUGGUUCGAUGCAGGUGAUGUCGAUGGUUUUCUGAAGGAGAAAGGAGUCUUUAUCGAACCCUCUGCCUCCUUUGCCGAGUUUGAAAUUUUAGAUCCUGCGCCCGCUGCUCAAAGCCCUUCCAGCAAUGGUAGCCUAGCGUCGCACAGCUCCCCUCAAACUCCACAGUCCGACUAUUCUCCAAAUCAGUCCGCAUUCCCGGACCUCUCUUUCUUCCAGACGGGUCUCCCCAAUUCGCCUGACCUUUUUGACUUUGGGAAUUCGACUUCGACCAUGACACCGCUCGGAGAUACCUUUGCCAGUCUCGACAAAAACGUCGGACAGUCCUACUUUGGUGUCCUUCCGUCUGAUUCGCCUGUGUCAUCCAAUCUUGACUUUUCCUUUUCCACCCCACCCCAAGCCCCUCCACUGAUGAAGCGGGUUGUCACUGUUGAUAUUGAUUUUUUUGUCGAUAGUAAGUCCUUUCUUGCUCGGAGACUACCCAUUCAAAUUGACCAUUUACUCACAUUAAUUUUCCCCUAUUCAGGAAUUCUCAGCAAGGGAGUUUGCCUAGGUCGCUCCCCGGGUUUCCGGCGUAGAGAUGUCGAAGAUGCUUUCCGCGCCGCCAUGCAAGUUUAUUGAGGCGGCUGAUGGAUCUGCCCACCUUUUUCUUCGAC